GUUGUCAACGCUAAAAUAACUUUGAUUUUAAUUAUAAACAAAAUUCAAAGGUUUUGAAUUAAAUUAAGCAUAAGAUUCAAAACAUAAUUAGACCUAACACUACAAACAUUCAACAGAUUUGGAAAUAAGGUUCUCACAUCGUUUAAAUGUGUGGCAUCAAUUUUUGAAAUAACUGUUAUUGUAGGUGUGGCACGCAUAUUACAAAUUGUUUAUCGUGUGUUUUGAAUCGUAUCUGAGGGAAAUUCAGUUCAAAGUAACUAAAGAAAUCGUGCAGUUAAGAUGCCUGUGUUAGACUCUUGCUGGUCACCAUGUAUAUGGUCAUCGACUGUGAAAUCCGGCAGCCGAGCUGUGGCGGUAUACACAGCAGCGAUGAGUUUGAUUCUAAUAACAUUUAUUGCAUAUCAAAUGGGUGGAGGAGAUUCAACACAACUUUGGAAUCCUUUAUUUGAAGCUGAUGUUAGAGGAUCUCUACAAGUGUUUGGAAUAAUCUUCAUAGUUAUCCUGACUACACUCAUUGUUUCAUCUAUUUUAAUGGUGAUAGGUAUUAACAUUUGGAUGAGAGGUUUCAUAUUGCCAUGGCUUUUGACAAUGGGAUUAAUAAUAAUGUUCCAGUUUGUUUUUGGGCUGUGGCUCCUCGGUGGAUAUUAUAUUUAUUUGGAUGCUACAUUUGCUGCACUCGUUGACUUCUUAUGGAUGGCAUAUAAUAUUUACUGUUGGCUGUGCGUGUUUUCACAGUACCAAAUAAUAUUGGAUAUGCAGUCGCCGAAUAUUGAGAUGUUGGUUGAAUAUUAACAUUAAGAUUUAAAUUUAUUUUUAAAUAUCACUU